GGGGUUGCCAUACCAACCAGGUCAGGAGCAGCACCUGAGAAGACAAGGGUGCAGCUCUCCCUUCCCCGUGUUCCCUGCUGCAAAGACUGGCUAAGUUCCCCUGCAAACAUGAAUGUCAUUCUUUUCAGAGACACCCAAGUGCAGAUCAUGGAGACCACAAUUGCCAAUGCCGAGAAAUACUUCGGCAGCUUCUGCAGCCUGAUGGCGGCUUAUACCCGCAAGACUGCCAAACUUCGGGACAAGUCUGAUAUUUUGGUGAAAAAGCUCAUCGACUAUGCCAACACGGAAAAUCCCGAGCUGCGGACGACGGUGAAGAAUUUCGCCGAGGAUCUGGCCAGAGUACAGGACUACAGGCAAGCAGAGGUGGAGCGGCUGGAACAGAAGGUCGUUGAGCCUCUCAAGGUGUAUGGAGUGCUCAUCAAACAAGCCAAGGCCGAGAUUAAAAAUUUCAGCAAAGUCCGGAAGACUGAAAUAAAGCAGCUAGAGAAGCUGGAGAAAACCAGACACAAGGCACCCUCCAAUCAACAUAUGAUUUCACAGGUUGAGUCUCAAGCACACAAAGCUUCGGUGGACGCAAGCCGGACCACUCAACAGCUUGAAGAGACCGUAGAUGAAUUCCAGAGGAAGAAGUUAAAAGAUAUCCAGAAGAUCUUCUUGGAUUUCAUCGGCAUCGAGAUGGCGUUCCAUGCAAAAGCUCUGGAGGUUUAUUCCCAAGCAUUCCAAACUCUGGAAAAUUACGAUUCAGAAAAAGAUUUUGAGGAUUUCAGAGCAAAAAUACAACUUGCUUCCGGAAGGUUCCCUGACUCCAAACCAGCCACUGCCACCAACCCAACCUCCAGCCUUCCAUGGUCCACAGGAGCACAGAGUGUCCCUACCACGCUCCAGAAACUGACAUUUCUGGAGACUGAAGGAAGAUCUGAAGAAGAGCAGGCCCAAGAUUUCAGCACCGCUAAGCACCCCCAGAUCUGGCAGGUGGCCAGCAGGACCCCCUGACGAAUUUCUCCAUUCGUGAAAUUAUACGUUUUUUGUUCCUCGGCAAACUUUCUUUGCCCCUUUAAGCUUUUCCUCCAGCUCAGUACCCUUUCCCUGUUCUGCACCCCCAAACCUGACAUCACAAUAAAAGCCUUUGUUUUCAA